UAAAAAAAUUAGGGGGUGUGGCGAGGCUAGAAAAGAGUGGACCACCAAGUGGGGCAUGAAGUUGUAGAGAAGAGUGGUGAAGCUGCGGCUGAGAUCGGAUUCACGGGAUCAAGCAAUACCAGGGGAAUUAAGAAUGCCGUACCUACUUUUUUUCGUCACCCUCCUGCAUCUCAUCACACUGGCUAUACUGUUCAUUGCGACCAUGGAGAAGCCCUGGUGGGUGUGGGAUGACAUGGAAAGCUCGGACCUGUGGUACAACUGUAGGCUCGACAACCUCACCAGUACCUGGUUGUGCACAUCCGCCAAAGAAACCGAGUGGCUUCAGGCCGUGCAGGUCCUGAUGAUCCUCUCAGUGGUCUUCUCCUCAGUCUCCUUCUUGGUGUUCCUGGGUCAGCUGUUCACCAUGUCUAAGGGCGGACUCUUCUACUUCACUGGGCUGUGUCAAAUCUUCGCAGGUCUGACAGCCUUUACUGCAGCUCUCAUCUACACAUUACACAAUAAGGCCAUCUUUCCGGACUACAAAGAACUGACUCCAGGACACUUCGGUUACUGCUACAUCCUGGCCUGGGUGUGUGUCCCUUUGUUGAUGUUCAGUGGCGCCAUAUACAUCCACCUGCGCAAGAAAGAGUGACCAGAGGAAAAAAAACAAAAAACAAAAAGGAACGCAGCGAAAUUGGAAAGAGUACUAUGAAUUUUGUAUGUGUUAUUGUUUAGGCUUCAGCUAAUAUGAUGUUUAAUAGGAUACAACAGGGUAUAUCUCAGUCCAAUGUAUGAUGCCCACCUUGUGUAAGGUUAAAAUAAUAGAUUUGAAUACCUAUUUUUUACUGUCUCUGUAGAACAAACUGGAAAUAUAUAUUUUUGUACUUAAAACUGAAACUAUAUAGUAGCUGUCUCUACACGCAAACACAGAAAAAAAUCAUACAAAACUAUAAUCCGUCUUUUGUGAAGAGAUUUUUUAUAUAUAUAUAUAUAUAUUAUAACUGUACACUGUCAAUAUAAUUUCUUAAGCUUCGAUCGCUGUGAACGUCUGUUCCCUUAGUCUAAAACUUCACUUUUUGACAGGGGGAAACACAUUUUGAUGGCUGUCAGAAUCUGUUCCCUCAGUCAUUAUUUAAAUGUGAUUGUUGGAUCAUAUUCAUUAUAAUAGGGGCAACAUGAAUGGAUUUCAGCUAUCCAUUUAUUUUAAAAAAAACUACUGUAAUACACAGCUGAAAGCUAAUAAAUGCUUAAUUAAUAAAUUUG